AUGUCGGCGACAGUGAAGCCCGGGGCUCCACAGGGCCAGGAUUUGCAGGGGUCGGAAUACCAAGCUGCUUCCGCCGCAUUAUACGUAACCCGCGAUACGGCCUCCUCUCAGGCGUCGCACUCGAUACUAGAUGAAGACGGCCGCCUCUCCGCAGCAUCCGCCGCAACUUCACUAAAGUAUGCUCGCGCCCAGGAUCUCCCUUCAUUUCCAUCUCAAGGUGGAGUGAAGCUCGCCUCCGCAGGUGCCGCCGCUAGCCUAGCGAACGAGAACCAGAAGUCCUUCGAACACUGGAAACCUGAUCCUAUUCCUGCCGCGAACAAGGCUGCUAUGCAAGCGAAAGAUUACAAGAUGAACCCACUAUGGCAGCCCGAACUGAGUGCUGCGGGGUCCAAGGCUGCGCUUCAAGCGCACAGUCACACAACCAGUCCCGAUAUAUGGAGAGCGUCAGAGAGCGAACAUGGACUCUCCGCAGCAGGCCAGGCUCAUGCCGCAAGAAAGCCAACAAAGCCAAUCACAGAACGUGAUGUUUCUGCAAGUGACCACCGCAAGGCUUUACUAGCAGCUACUGGCGCAAUGUCUGGUAGCAGGAAGAGAUCUGGAUCCGCGCCAGUUCCACCACAAGCAAAUCCAAGUGCAGGGUGGGCAUUGAAGGCGGCAAACUCGACUCAGAAGACAUCAAAUCCCCGGGGCGACUUUGCAAGUGGUGAUCCAGGCUUCGAUGCGGCAAGAAUUCAGAAUAUGGCUAAGAGUAAUGUGUCAAGACAGAUGUAUGGUUCAACGCCCCCAGUUUCGAUCGAGGUCGAGGAGAAGAAGCGUCAAGACAUGCUACGAGCAUCUGCAGUCGCGAUGGCUCAGAAAAUGUACGCCAUCCAGCAAACACAUAUCGACGAGGCAAAAUCUACGAGGCAAUCAGAUAGUACCACGGGUGCCCGUGCAGCUCGCAAUCGAGCUAUGUCGGAUGCGUCCACCAGCCAGGUUCCUGAUAACCCGGGUCGGGGCUAUGAAAACCUGCAAGAGACUGCAACGAAACUUGCGCAGGAGAGGCUCGCCAAGUUACACGACGAGCAUGCUGCAUAUCGCCAGUACUAUGGACAGACUACUCCACAGAAAACCAACCGGCUGUCUUCGAUCCGCGGUAAUCGUCGGCGUGCUUCCAGCCUUAAUGAGGCCGACGAUUCAGAUGAAGAGCAGUCGCGGAAGAUCAAAUCUCAAAUGUCGAUCUUCCAAAGCAAGGUAGCCGAAGUUGAUAGCAAGAAGCGUCAGGCCGAUCGAGACGCCCUGUUAGUGGCAGCGCACAAGAACGUCACAGCCCAAAUGAACAAGAUGGAUGAGAAGGUCUUCUCUGACACGGGCAAAUCGAGCCCUCAGCAACGUGAGCUCUGGGAGCGGCAAGCUCGCGAACGGGCACAGCGUGAAAGUGAUGAGCGCAUGAUUAAUGUGGGUAGAGUUAACAUCGGAGGUGGAAAAUACCUCGAUCAGGCCGACAUCGAUGCUAUCGCCAAACAGCGGCUUCAGCCUACAUUGGACGAGAUCACUGACAAAGCCGAAAAGCAACGUGCUAGGGAUGAGGAGAUUCGACUGGAACAAGAGAGGUUGAAGCAAGAGCAGGAAACAGAGAAGCAACGAGAGGCCGAGAUCAAGAAGGAGCUUAAAGAUUCGCAAGCGCGCGAGAAGCAAGAAGAACGUGCCCGUCGUAACGAAGAGAAGCGUGUCCAACGAGAAGAAGAAAACGCUGUGAAAGAGAAACGACAGGCCGAGGUAGCAGCCGAAAAGGAGAGAGCUCGUCUCGAGCGGGAAGAAAAACGAAAAUCUGGAGGCAAGAAACCAGGCUUCUUCUCUGGCGUCCUCGGCCGUACCGCGGGAGGCACCGCAGCAGGCACCGCGGCCGUAGGCAGCACUGCCGCAGUAGCUCCGGGCGCAUCCACUCACUCUGCCCAUCCUACAUCUAACGAUACUGAGCACCCUGAGCUCGAGACCGGACAGCCUACUUCCCAGAUCAUCGAGCCAGACGACUCUCCAGGUUUGGAGGCGAAGGAUCGCACUACUCGUCAGGUCGAGGCCGCCGACACAGUUCCGCCCUCCUAUUAUCCGGCUGUCAUUUCUCAUGAUGAGCCGACUUCAGAUUCCAAGCACGACGAUGAGCCACUUUCGCCUUCUAAACGGGAUGAUGAGCCCACUUCUCCCUCCAAGCGGGAUUCUCGAAUCAAGUCACUGUUUGGCCGUUUCCGUGGCAAGUCUCACUCAGCCGAGGAUGACGAACCUCUCAAGACGACCGGGGACGCUCGCCCCGCCACCCCUAAGGCCAUUGAGGCAACGAAGAAGAGCACAGAAGCCUCCAGGGAAAGCGGUGACACUGACAUUCCCCGCUCCGACUCGAUGCGCGACGUCGCGCUCGCUGGCCGCAGAACACGAGAUUCCGAGGAAACAAGCGACAUGUACGGAGACGCAAAUGAGCAUCAGACGCCGGACUCGCCAGUCUCGCCCGUCAAGGACACUCCCGCGGGGGAUGCAUUGGCAACUGCUCACACAGCAGUCACUCGAGGCAGGUCGCCCAGUAUCAGUUCGCUGAGCGACUCUGAUGAAGAACGCCCUGCGGCCGUAUCUCCAGCCUCGCCCACCGCCCCGGCAGCUGCCGACGACACUCGAGGCAAGCGCGGCCUUCGUCAGCGCCUGCUUAAGAAGGUCAAGCCUGCCGGCGGUGUCGGCACCGCAUUGUCCAACAAGCUCAGCAAAGACAAAGACACCUCCUCGUCCGCACAGGACAAGGACGUCGUGCUCGGCCCCGCCGCAGCUGGCACACCCCAUGCCGGCGCAAAGAAAGCCGAGGGUGAGACGGGCAAGAAGUCCCAGGAUACGCAGGAGCGUGAGGAGGCGAGAGACGCGUUCACCGAGGAGGUCUCGCUUGCGCCGCCGCCGAAGCUGGCGGAUGCGAGAGGUGAGAGUCCUCGAGGGAGUAGAGAGAUAAGUCGCUUUCACGAGGAGCUGUGA